CUAUCUUAUUGUUGUUCAUAGUCUGGUAAUAGUUUUGUGCAAAUAGAAGUAAAAUGAAAAUCUUGUGUGCAUUCUGUUUGCUGGCACUGUCAACAGUCGUGGCUAUGACGGUAACACAGAACGAAGUAAGCUGCCGUGACCAGGAAGGGGCCUCGGAUGUGGACGUCGAGAUGUUCCAAGCGUUGCAGACGCCGGAAACUAAAACCACAAAGUGUUACUACAGCUGCAUAAUGCAGUACCUGGGGUUCCACGAUGGACAACGGUUCGAUAAGGAGGGCUUUCUAGUCACCAUGCUGGCAGCUGCCAAAACGGAACAGGUUCGUCAAAACAUGAGGCGUUUGGCGGAACAAUGUGACGGUACGGAUAAUCACGACCCGUGUGAGCUGGCUGCCGAUAUUGUGGAGUGUAUUAAACGAUAAACAAUUGGACAGGCCCGUAGUAGGGUGAUCCAAGUCUGGACUUUCUCGGGGCUACCCCCUGAAAUCAAAAAUUGAUCCAUCACUAGGCUAAACUUCAAAUUUUAGCUCGUUCUGACCA